GGUCCCUUGCAUCCUCCGUUGCAGCCCCAGCCACAACCUCAGCCUCAGCAGCACCAUCACCAGCAGCAGCAGCAACACCAUCACCAGCAGCAGCAGCAGCAGCAGCAACAUCAUCAUCAUCUCCAAGGGCCACCACAGCCCUUGAUGCCCAUGAACCAGCCACAGUUCAGGCCUCACAUACAGACCACACAGCAGCAGCCAAAUAACAACAGGAUGCAGUGUCAGCCGCGACAGGGUCCGAUGAAGCCGAGGCAUAGUACACCAUCACAAAAUAUUGUCAAGCGUACAAAUCAGCAGCUACAGUCAACUGCUCCAAGAAAUAGUAACUUGCGGGAGUUGCCGAUAGCACCAUCACAUGCUAUGGAAAUGAGCAACAACAGGCGAACCUCUACCCCAGCCGCUCAGGUCAAACCCAUUACCAGCACGAUGUCUGCCACCAAGUCUGUAGCUGGUGUUGGAAACUCACAGGGAAGACCUGAGAUGAAAGCUAGAACAGUUACACCAGUGGGCCAAGCAAAAUCAGAAGUAAAAUCUGAACCAGAGUAUCCCGAUGAAGAUGAAGAAACUAGAUUGUAUCGUUUGAAGAUAGAAGAGCAGAAGCGUCUAAGAGAAGAAAUUCUGAAACAAAAGGAGCUGAGACGGCAGCAGCAGGCUGGUGCUAGAAAGAGAGAAUUGCUCGAAAGAAUUGCACAGCAGCAGCAGCAGCAGCAACCUUCUACGCAGCAGUCCUACAUGCAGCAGGAGGAUGACUCCUCUGAGUACCCCACCAACGGCAGCCCUUACAUACCCCACUCUGGCUUACAGACCAGGCAAAAUGUGAAAAACAGACUCCUUGUGAAAAAGCAAGAUUCAGUAAUUCCAGAUAUCCAGCCCAAGCCCACAGAUUUCCCCCAGGUGGGGUCGAAUAUGCAGUAUCAAGGGCAGCAGAUGAAGCCAGUGAAGCACCUGAGGCAGACGAGAACAGUACCUCCCAGUCAGCCUCAGGCGCCGCAGAAAGUUUUACAGACAAAACCGGCUGCAGCGUCGCCGCCCACGACACAGACUGCUCGAGUGGCUUCAGUACAAGCAAGGCCCCAGGAACUGAAACCUGGCGUGAAAAGGACUGUCGUGCAGCGGACAAACAGUGGUAGUGCAGAUGGGCCCCAUGUCGGCAGCAAAGUCAGGGUGAUUAAGUUGUCAGGAGGGCAGGGGGGAGAGGAUGCUGGCUUUUUUCACCCAGAGAGCCAGCCCCAGCGGCCUCAACAACCCCUGGAGCCGAAACAGCAGCCAGUGAGGAAGGUCACAUUGACAAAGGGAAUGCAACAGCAGCAGCACCAACAGCAGCAGCAGGCACAGAUCCAUUCACCAGCUCCUCAAGGAGUCAAAAACAUCCAGGGAAUCCAUCAGCCUAAAAAGGUCAUUAUGCACGGGAGAGGCAGAGGAGUAGCAGGCCAGAUGGGCCGAGGACGCUUGAUGCCAAAUAAACAGAACCUGCGAGUGGUGGAGUGCAAACCUCAGCCCUGUAUUGUGUCAGUUGAAGGGCUUUCUUCAUCAACUACUGAUGUCCAACUGAAAAACCUGCUGAUGUCAGUGGGACCCAUUCAGAGUUUACAGAUGCUUCCUCAACAACGGAAAGCCAUAGCAAAAUUUAAGGAGCCGGCACAUGCUUUAGCAUUUCAACAGAAAUUCCACAGGCACAUGAUAGAUCUGUCCCACAUAAACGUGGCACUGAUAGUUGAGUGAUGUCUGCUGAGAGAAACCCUGACACUAACAGAAGCGUACUGUGGAGACACGACGCAGUGGCAAACCAUCAGGUUGUGAAACCUUUCAGCUUAGUCUUUAAUUGCUAUGUUGAACUACGGAAAGCAGCAAGAUGUACUCCAGAAGAGCUGAACUUGAGAGGAUCUGCAAAGGUGGAAGUUUUGUUCGGUGUGUUCACCUUCUGUUGUAACCACGUGGAACUAGAGAUUUUUUUUCAAAAUGCUUUCAAUGCAUGUAGACACUGUUCUUCAAGAUCCUACUGUGUCACCACAGUGACUUGAGAGAGAACGUUUACAUCGAAAGAUUAAAAAACUUUCUUCAUAGCAAAGAAUAUUUGAUAAUGGUUGCUCUUAUCUUCAGUAUGAGGUGUUUGAAUGAAAACUCACUUUUCUAAACAGAACACAUUAGUUAUGUUGCAUAUCUGAGAGCACAGAAGGUAUUCUUGCAUAGAUGUAAACGUGGUCUACUUCACUGAAUAGCAGUAUGCUGAGAAGCUUUGGAGGUGACACUGGAAAAUUGCAGUUUUGAUCUUUGUAAAUAUGUUGUCUGUCUUUGCAUUUUUCUAUUCCAACACAGACUUCCAUCUUCUCUUUCCAAUUCAACUUAUUCUAUAAAACACUGUGUAGAAAUAACAUUGCUGUAUUUUCCCUUGGUUUUUAAAAACAAGGAUCUUUGCCCUUCAGUAGCAUCGUGGGGUAGUGAACUCCCAAGCUGUAACUAGGUUGUUUUAAAUGACGUUACCAGAUACAAGGAAGAAGAAAUACUUAG